AUGGCUGACAGAAGGAGGAUCAACGGCCCAGCUGGUGGCACUCGGGCGCCGGUGUUUGUCUCAUGUUCGGACUCAAAAGACAAGUCGCAAUCAGCAACUUUUGAGCGCCCUUCUCGUACCAGACGAGCCAAAGAGCUCAGGAAGAUAUACUUGAAAACGGGAGUCAUACCCUCGGCGUCUGGGUCGGCGUAUCUGGAGCUUCACCCCUCCAAUCCCUCCGCCAACACCUCGCUCAUACCGCCAGCUUCAUCUCUCAAGCUGAUAUGCUCUGUCAACGGACCAAAACCGCUUCCUCGAUCUGCUCCCUUCUCUCCUAACCUUCUCUUAUCCGCCCACGUCAAGUUUGCCCCCUUUGCCAACCGCCGGCGGAGAGCGCAUAUCCGUGACAUGAACGAAAGAGACCUGGGCGUCCACCUGGAAAACGCGCUCCGGGGAGCCAUCAUUGGCGAUCGAUGGCCCAAGAGCGGGCUAGAUGUCACGGUGAUGAUACUGGAAGGGGAGGAUGAUCGGUGGUGGGGUGACAUGUCGACCGCAGAGACCGUGACGGGAUCCGAUGGCUGGGGCAUGAUGAACGUCCUUGCGCACUGUGUCACGGUGGCUUCUGCAGCUAUUGCGGACGCGAGGAUCGAUUGUUUGGGCCUCGUUGCUGGCGGCGUUGCGGCUGUGGUUGAAGCGCCUAGUCCACGCGAGGGUGCCGCGGCCUCUGCCCAGACGGUGGUGCUAGACCCUGACCCGUCUGAGCAUGUGAACAUCUCCUCCGCAUGUGUCGUAGGCUACAUGCCGUCUCUGGACGAGAUUACUGAGCUAUGGCUGAAGGGGGAUCUACCAAGCGCGAGCUCAGAUGGGACCUAUGCUUCCCCUAACCACGAUGUCCUCAUGGACGGUGCUAUCGCCGCAGCGAAGGCCUCUCACACCGUCCUCGUAGAAGCAGUCAGGGAGUCUGCCGAACGAGCCACCAACCAAUCCAACCAAUCCAAAAAGACACCAUCCGAUAGUGAGAUGGAGUUGUGA